AAAGCCGUAGCCAACAAAACUACUUUGGUAUAUGUAGUCACUAGCUUGCAACGCAAGUGCAGUGCACGUGUAGUGUUUCAGCACUGCUACUGCACAUCAUUGUCUAGUGUCUGUCAUCGAGGAACAAAAUUAGAACGUAUAGAAUGGCGAGUAGUGAAGACAAAAAGAUGGAACAAGUAAAGAAGGAAUCUCACAGUAAGACGUCACCAACUACAACACCAGCAAGCAGUGCCAAUGCCCCAACUACAGCCAUCUCCAAUCUGCCAAAGAAGCCUAACUACUCACUGAAAUUCACUCUUGCUGGUCACACAAAGGCAGUGUCUUCAGUGAAAUUCAGCCCUAAUGGUGAAUGGUUAGCCAGCUCUUCUGCGGAUAAGUUAAUCAAAAUAUGGGGAGCAUAUGAUGGGAAAUUUGAGAAGACAGUGUCCGGCCACAAACUGGGAAUUUCAGACGUUGCAUGGUCAAGUGACUCCCGUCUGCUAGUUUCAGCGUCCGAUGAUAAGACCCUUAAAGUCUGGGACUUCAGCACUGGAAAGUGUUUGAAGACAUUGAAAGGUCACAGUAACUAUGUGUUCUGCUGCAACUUCAAUCCACAGUCCAACCUGAUCGUUUCUGGCUCGUUUGAUGAAAGUGUACGAAUCUGGGAUGUUAAGACCGGGAAAUGUCUCAAGACUCUGCCAGCUCAUUCAGACCCUGUGUCGGCGGUUGAUUUCAAUCGUGAUGGGUCCCUUAUUGUGUCAAGCAGUUACGAUGGGCUCUGUCGAAUCUGGGAUACAGCAUCAGGCCAGUGUUUGAAGACAUUAAUUGACGAUGACAAUCCUCCUGUAUCGUUCGUCAAGUUUUCACCCAACGGCAAGUACAUACUGGCGGCAACAUUAGACAACACAUUAAAGCUGUGGGACUACAGCAAGGGCAAAUGUUUGAAGACUUACACCGGACACAAAAACGAAAAGUACUGCAUAUUUGCCAAUUUCUCUGUGACGGGAGGCAAGUGGAUAGUGUCUGGAUCAGAGGACAACAUGGUUUACAUUUGGAACCUUCAAACCAAAGAGAUUGUACAGAAACUACAAGGCCACACAGAUGUGGUGCUAUGCACAGCAUGUCACCCGACCGAGAAUCUGAUUGCUUCUGCUGCUCUUGAAAACGAUAAAACCAUCAAAAUAUGGCGCUCAGACUGUUGAUGCUUGUGAAGGUUCAAGCAGAUCUGGACCGAUGUGCUUAUGGGUGAUCUUGGGUUGUGAUGAAGUACAUGUAUCUAUCAAUAGAUUGAUCGAGGCGCCAAGUUCAUGACGCUGCUUUAAACAGUAAACUUUCUGUGUUUAUUCCAUCAUUCAUGUUCAGUAUCAUGAAUUCUAUUAGAGUGCCAGCCUGGUACAUGGUGGCUGCUUGGGCACCAUGUGGGAAGCAAACACUGUUGUCCCCAAUCCGCUUUCUUAAUCACAAAUACUUUUUUUUAAAUUUCGGAACGUAAUCUUAAGGAUUAAUACAUAAACACAAUUCAUAAAUACCUAAGAUAGUUUACCCAUUCCUACUGGUCAAGAGCCGUCAUGUGGCCAGUUUUAAACGGUUGAUAAAGACCGGCUGGCCGGUCUUAAACACUUUUCCAGUGUCACAUGAAAUUUGGACUCCUAUGAAAUCUGGUGCCUUUUACCGUUUCAUUGGUUGAACGUUCACAAUUCUCACGUAGGCAUGCACAAUACUACCAGUGAGUCAGUAUUUCAUAGUCCUAUGUAUUUCGUAGUCCGGGUAAUUAUUAGCAUCCAGAGUCCAACCUUCUGAAACAGAGUGUUAAAAACGGGCCAAGCACACAUUCCCUUAGUAAUAUUGUACUCGUCAAGCAACGGUUUAAAUCUUUGGCUCUUGUAUUAAAUUGUAUUGCACUGUAUUUAUUCCUCCAUUAAUCAGCAAGGUCCCAGACUGCCAGGACGGUUUGGGGCGGUAUGAGGAGUAUCAGGCAGGGCGGUUUGGGGCAGUACAAUGGCUAAAGGGUUCAACUUCAAUCACUGUUUCCAUCAAAUACAUGCGUUUGAAAAUGAAGUGGAUUUGAUUUCGUUUAUGGCAUUGUCAUAAUUAACUCAGUUGGAAUUUACGUAUGUUUAUAAUGAUCGUCCUUUUUGUAUGAAAUGUGUACAUAUGUAUCUAGAAACACAGAACGAGACCAGAGUGAAUUGUUGUUUUUACUCUUUCCUCGUUUUGUUCUUUCUUUUUUUUGGGGGGGGGGCAUGGUAGAAAUUGAACAUUUACUAUAACUGGCCUGCCAAUUUUCACAUGACCUUUUGACCUUGUCCAGGGCCAUGGGAUGGUUUUACAUCUUGUAACUUGUACUUGACUAUUUACUGCCAAGAUGCUCGUUUGUACUUAUCUCUGUUAGGGCCGCAUUACACUUUAGGUAGUAUCAGGAUUCUGUGCGGGUAAACAAAUAGAAUGUGCUUGUUUCAAUCACAGUAUUUCUGUAUAAAGAUCAGUGGUAGAGCGAUAAACCUCUGCGCUUAAAAAUGUAAGUGAUUCUUCCAAAUAUUCCAUGUGAAAAAUAUGCAUUCUGGCCAAUUGACACACAAGUGGCCAUGACGUCACCUUGUGAACCUUUCAGUUAGCACCUGUACUACAUUGUAUUACAUUGUGUUUAUGCGGUUUUGGAGGCUACAUGAAGUAAUAGGCAGGGCAGUUUCAGGUACUACAGUGACUUACCCUAACUCCCUAGGCCCUUUUUGCGAGGAACCAUCCUCAGUUGUCCAAAUCCUCCAAAAUUGUGCACUUAUGUUCAAAUGAAGGAUACCCAGUGUCUCAAUCCUUCAAAAUCGUCAAGACCAUCCUGCCUCAAAAAAUGCAUUCAUCCUCAAUCCCUCAAAAUUCUCCUCCUUUUAAAACACCAUUCAUCCUCAAUCCUCCAAAAUCCUCCAAAACCGCCAUGAGGAUUUUGGAGGAUUGAGGUGGGUUAGAUGGUGCAUUUUCCACCCAACAUUUCCUACUUUGCGAUACGCUGCUUGUCCCAUCUCCUUUCCUUUUAUUGAACUUCUGUGUGAAUUGGCUCCCCAUUACCUUGCAAUUCAUACAAAUUGUGACUGUCUAAACAUUUACUAAGUGUGGUAAAGACUACUGCAAUGAUUCAAUGGGCCCUACAAAGUAACUUUGUGAAGUUAGGAUUUUUCUCGCCGGGAUUAUUUUGACAUCAACCGGACCAGGCGCGGGAUUGUUUUUUACGAGCCUCGAUGCCAGACGAGCUCAGGCCGUCAUCUGCGGGUAGCACACCCUGAUAUUUCUGCCCUUGCUCAUUGCGAGCUGGUCGCAGACAGAUAUUUCCAGCCUCGCUCGUUGCAUGUUUAUCCGUCAUCCAUUCCGAAUACCGCAAAACCUUUGCGUGUAUACACGUCAUCCGACGUGAAAUGUAACUUUGUCAACAAGCACUGAGCAUAUUAUGCGUUGAUAUAGGAUCCACUGUUAAAGGAAAAAAGUUACACUCGAAUGUUACUAUUAUAAGUUGAGCCAUUAUUAUGGUCUCUUCACUGUAAAUAUCAGUAUUGUACAAUGAAUAUGAGUUAAUGGUAUUAUUUAGUUUGAAGUACAGAUAGCUCAUUUUUUUAAGUUUAAACUGUCAUCGUGAAUUGUGUGUUUUUUUUAAACAUUGCUGUACAUAUGUUUCUUCUUGAAUUCUGUGACUUUCUCGUGUUGUUCAGUCAUCAGACUGGCAGUGGCUAGGGCUGUGCAGGGUAUGCAUACCAAAUAUUCGAAUAUUUGAAUAUUCGAUGAUCAAACGAAUAUCCGAAUAGCAUUUUUCAAUUCCGGUAUUAGAAAAAUGUGAGCGGUCUUGAGAUGAUGAAUGCAUCUACAGUGUUGCAUUAUAAGUUGCAAGUUUUAGUGUUUGCAAAAUGCCACACUUCUGUUGAAAGCCACUUUCGCACUUGGGUUUGAGAGCUUUCGUGAGGAAUAUUAGCUCAAAUUCCUUCUUUAAAGUUGAUCAAUUAUCAGCCAUUCUGCUACCUGUUCUUUGUAUUUAACACC